UUCAAUUUACUCUAAAAGUAAGAAAAGACAUCUAAUCUGAAAAUAUAUAAAAGGUUUAUAUUCAGCAAUUUAAUGAGGGGAGCACACUGAUGAAUGUAGGUUGAGUUAAUAUAUCAUAUUUACUCAGCUAUAUGUGAAUUUUAUGCUUGCCAUAUGAUGCGCCAUUCAUUGAACUUUAUCACAGUAUAACAAUCCAAAAACCAUCACAAUUAAGCUUCAUUUUUUUAACAGGACACUGUGUGUGCAGAAGUGUUUCACAGCAUGAAGGACCUUCCUGCACAAAAUAUCUCAUUCACUGAGUUCAGAUUAAAUGGUUUCUACAGCCUAGGAGAAUGGAGGCCUUUUUUAUUUAUCCCCUUCUUCCUGAUGUUUUUAUUAGCAAUUACAGCAAAUUCUAUUCUAAUAUACUUAAUCAAAACUCAAAAGUCUCUGCAUUCUCCUAUGUAUGUACUAAUAGGUGUUAUGGCAGUGUUAGACUUGAUCAUGCCUAUAUUUUUUGUACCUAAUAUGCUUCUUAGCUUUUUAUUCAGCUGGAGUGAGAUAUCUCUGACAGGUUGUUUGAUACAAAUGUUUGGUAUUCAUUUUGUUGGAGCAUUUCAAAUUACUUUGCUUUUUUGGAUGGCACUGGAUCGUUACUUUGCAAUUUGCAAACCUCUUCAUUAUCACAAAUACAUGGAAAUCCCUAACUUUCUAAAGUUUGUUUUUGCACCUGUGAUCAGAAAUGGAUUCCUGAUAGUCACUAUGGUCUCUCUGGCUGGGAAACUGUCAUUUUGUGUAACAAAUGUUAUCGAUCACUGUUUUUGUGAGCACAUGGCAUUGGUUCAGUUAGCAUGUGGAGAUAUAUCUGUUAAUAAUAUUGUAGGGCUUAUGUCUGCUUUCCUUAUAGCAACUAUGGAUUGUAUUCUAAUCACUAUCUCUUAUGUUGUAAUGUUUAUCUCUGUGUUGAAAUCUGGAAAAGCUCACAUGAAGGCCUUGCACACCUGCAUUACUCACCUAAUUGUCUUAUCAGUUAGUUUGAUAUCUGCCUUGACUGCAUUUUUGUCAUACAGAAUAAGGAAUAAUAUUUCUUCCAACAUCCGUAUAUUUACAAGUAUCCUAUACUUAUUUUUUCCAAGUUGCCUACACCCACUAAUCUAUGGAUGGAGAACAAAAGAAAUAAGGCAAACAUUUCUUAAAUUUAUAAACAAUGCACAGGUAUUCCCUUUUAAAAAAAUUUAAUGGCUUUUACAAAUGAAUAGAUACUACAACAUGAUAAUACAGCAAUACAUUACUAUUGUUCUGAUGGAAGACAGCUGUAUGAUAUAUUGUAGGAAAAAAUGCAUAUUAAACAUAAAGAAAACAAGAGCUGCGUAUAAUUAACAUUCCAUUUAAAAAAAAAAAAAAAAUCAAACUAGUAGCUAGGCAUUCAUUGUAUCUGUGAUGCACAUAAGUGUAUGGUCACAUUUUGUGGCACAGUCAGCAUUUUGAUUUACAUUUAACGGAAUAGCACAGAAUUGCUCCACUGACUAAUGUUCUUAAAUAUCACUACUGCCCUAUAGGAUCUGUAAACACUGUAAAACAAAAGUGGCUACAGCAUUUAAUACAUGUGUUAUGAGCAAAAUAUGGAGUAAGCUCUCAACACUGUAAUACUUUGACUGUGGAAACAACUCAGUAGAUACGAGUUAAUAAAUAUUUUCAAUAUUUUUAGUAAA